AUGGCUCCUGCCGCUACGGAAACGAACACCUCUCAUUUCGACCCGACGAUAGCGGUCUUGCGAAAAGAUUUGACCUCCGAAUCGGUCCCUCUCGCGUGUCGUUUCCGAGCCCUCUUCUCCCUCAAGCAUCUCGCAUCUCAGUCACCGGGCCCUCAGGCGACAGCAGCCAUAGAGGCAAUCGCGGCAGCCUUUGCAUCUCCCUCUGCCCUGCUCAAACAUGAGCUGGCCUACUGUUUGGGGCAAACCAAGAAUCUUGAGGCAGUGCCUUUCCUGAGGGCUGUCCUCGAGGACAGGUCAGAGGAUGCAAUGUGUAGGCAUGAAGCCGCAGAAGCCCUUGGGGCCUUAGAAGACUUAGGAAGUUUGAACCUACUCAAGCAAAUGAAAGAUGACGAGCAAGAACCUGUGGUCGUGAGAGAGACGUGUGACAUCGCCGUGGACCGCAUUCAGUGGGCGCACUCCAAAAACAAACACGCAGAGACUCUGAAGCCCAGCGAUUUCGCUUCUAUCGAUCCAGCUCCCCCGAUGCCCCUAGUCUCAGAUACCCCUUCAAUCCCGGACCUGCAAAGGACCCUCCUCGAUACCUCAUUGCCGCUGUUCCAACGCUACAGAGCCAUGUUUGCUCUUCGAGAUCUUGCCUCCCCACCCGACCUUCCGACGGCAGAAGCGGCAGUCCAUGCUCUGGCUUCUGGCUUUGCUGAUCCAUCAGCGCUUUUCCGACAUGAAGUCGCCUUCGUUUUCGGCCAACUGUCACACCCAGCCUCGAUACCUGCCUUGCGCUCUGUCUUGGAAAAUCACAGGGAGGAAAGUAUGGUGCGCCACGAGGCUGCAGAGGCGCUGGGAAGCCUUGGGGAAGAACCCGGUGUGGAGGAUAUGCUGCGACAAUUCCUCGAUGAUCCCGAGCAGGUCGUCCGAGAAAGUGUUAUCGUUGCUCUCGACAUGGCGGAAUACGAAAAGAACGGCGACAUGGAAUACGCCACCGUUCCCACCGAGGUCGUCGCCUAG